AUGAAUCCCAUUGUGCUAGAUGAAGAAGGAGAUUCAGCAAUUAUAAAUUGGCAGGCGGUUCUCAUGGGUUACGGUUGUGGACUUGUUAUUGGACUGUCCAUAAUAUGCAUAAUGCUGUCAACUCAAUAUCCAGCAUGGUUUUCGAGGAUGGAUGCAAAGUCAACAGAGUUUAACUUAUCUCAUAAUGUCUUGGAAGGUCAUAUACCAGUGUCACUGCACCAAUUAUCUGUACUUGAAUCAUUUGAUCUCUCAUCCAACAAAAUCAGCGGAGAAAUUCCACAACAACUUGCAUCCCUCACAUCACUUGAAGUCUUAAAUCUGUCUCACAAUCAUCUUGUUGGAUGCAUCCCCAAAGGAAAACAAUUUGAUACGUUGGAGAACAGUUCAUACCAAGGGAAUGAUAGGUUACGUGGAUUUCCACUCUCAAAAGAUUGUGGCGGUGAUGAAGGGGUACCACAAGCAAUAACUCCAUAUGGGCUAGAUCAAGAAGAAGAAGAAGGAGAUUCAGCAAUUAUAAGUUGGCAGGCGGUUCUCAUGGGUUACGUUGUGGACUUGUUAUUGGACUGUCCAUAA